AGACAGCAGCAAUGGGAGGCCGUACAGGGACCCAUGACAGAUUACGGGCCUGGGCAGCAGCAUGAGGAGGCGGUACAGGGGCCCAUGACAGAUUACGGGCCUGGGCAGCAGCAGCAAUGGGAGGCCCGUAAUCUGCCAGCACCCUAUGACAAAAAUGGAACCCACCAGCAGUGUGAGGAGACCUGAAAGUGGCACAUGGCAGAGUGUGGCGAUGGAGACAGCAGCAAUGGGAGGCCGUACAGGGACCCAUGACAGACUCUGGACCUGGCAGCAGCAUGAGGAGGCGGUACAGGGGCCCAUGGCAGACACUCUGGACCUGGCAGCAGCAUGA